AUGGGUAUCUCACCUUGUGAACCUGACCGGAAGUCUGUCGAGUACCUAAAGCAAUACCAAGAGACAUCUAUUGAGUACAACAACGGAAGGUACCAUGCCAAACUUCCAUGGAAGCAAGAUCACCCUGCUCUACCAACAAACCACAAUAUAACUUUGACGAGAACUGUUGGGACUAUUCAGAGGUUGCGCAACGAACCGGAAGUGCUUCGGGCAUAUGGUGACAUCAUAGCAGAACAGGAAAGACGUGGCUUUAUCGAGCGGGUACCACUUGGUCAAGAGUCAGCUGAACAAGUGCACUACAUCCCUCAUCACCCGGUGAAAAAAGAAUCAUCAACGACACCCAUACGCAUCGUCUACGAUUGUAGCUGCCGUCAGUCAAGUGAUUCACCAAGCUUGAACGACUGCCUGGAAUCAACGCCACCGGAAUUGAACGAGCUUACGUCGAUUCUUGUUCGUUUUCGGUUGAAUCCGUACGCUGUCUCCACAGAUAUAGAAAAGGCUUUUCUUCACGUCGGGCUACACGAAAAGGAUCGUGACAUGACGAGGUUUUUCUGGCUUGAAAAUCCGUUAGAUCCAGAUAGUCGACUAGUGACAUACAGAUUCAAAGUAGUGUUGUUUGGUGCAACCUGUUCGCCAUUUAUUUUGAAUGCAACAUUACUGAAACAUCUCAGAAAGAAUAUGAAUGUGAACGCUGCACACGUCAUUGAACGGGACUUGUACGAAGACAACGUAAUUUCCAGCUUUAAGUGCGAAAAGGAUUUACUUGAAUAUUUCACAGAGGCAAGACAAUUGAUGUCCACAGCUGGGAUGAAUUUAAGGUCAUGGAUAUCAAACAGCGCAUGUCUGAGAACAGCCGCGGAAAACGAAAACGUUCCGGAUACUUGUGACGUCACCAAGGUGCUCGGGCUGAGAUGGGAUCCCAAGUUAGACACAAUAAACUUCGUAGACAAACAGAUACCAAAUUUAGAAAAAGUUACGAAGAGAACGGUUUUUAAAUUUUCAUCACAAAUAUAUGACCCGCUUGGACUUUUGAGUCCAGUUACAGUCCGAGCGAAAAUUCUCUUACAAGAAAUGUGGAAACAGAAAUAUGACUAUGACACGCCUCUUCCGUCCAGUUUACAUGCAACAUGGUCAGAAAUCGCCACAGAUCUCAACACUGUUGUUCGAGAGACGUCACUGCGCCGCCAGCUCAUACAAUCUGUUGAAGGAACUGGAAGUGAUGUGAAACCGGAAAUGCACGUCUUCGUAGAUGCAAGUAACAAGGCGUAUGGCGCAGCGGUAUAUAUCUGCAACAGAAAUGAGUCAAGAUUGGUGAUAGCGAAAAGCAGAGUCACUCCUGUUAAAUCACUAUCGCUUUCACAGUUAGAAUUGAUGGCUGCUUUGAUCGGAGCGAGACUAGCUACCAACAUUCAAUCUUCCCUGCACACGACGCAUAACACGUUUUGGUCUGACAGCCAGAUAGUCCUUCAUUGGCUCUCCACAACGAAUAAAUUGAAGAAAUUUGUAGCCAACAGAGUGUCCGAAAUAAACACGUUGACCAAUACAAACACUUGGAAAUACUGUCCAACACACGACAACCCCGCAGACCUGCUGACACGUGGGGUAUCAGCAAACGUCUUCAUGAAGAGCAGCAUUUGGCAAACGGGGCCCGAGUGGAUCACAGACACGAGGAGGUGGCCUAUAUGGGAGACGGAACCGCUACUUGUCAACACUAUUUUAGAUGAACACGCCGGAACAGAGAUGGUGCCGCGUCACGUGCUACAUACAGAUAUAUCUAACGGGUCUCUACUUAACCUUCAGAGCGUUAUCAACAUUUCUGACUACAGCUCCUACCGAAGACUCCUGCGCGUGACAGCUCUUGUACAAAGAUUUGUCAAAAAUUACAAACUUCCACACAAAGAACGAGUUUACGGAACAGUAAAUGCAAAUGAACUCCGAUGUGCUGAAAAACUGUUACUUCGGCAUUGUCAAGCCACAGAAUACAAUGAUGAAAAAAUAAGUUUGAAAUCACGAAUGUUUCGCAUCCCGCUUGUGAAACAACUUCGUCUGUUUAUCGACAGUGACGACAUUAUUCGAUGUGGUGGAAGAAUUAAUAACGCUCCACUAUCGGAGAUGACGAAGUUCCCGAUAUUGUUACCGAAAAAACACCACAUCACACGGUUGAUUGUCAGAGAUGCGCACAUCACACAUCUGCACUCGGGUGUCAACGCAACUGUGACACAUAUACGACAGAAGUAUUGGAUUCCAGCGAUAAGACAGUGUGUGCAGACAGUCGUCCGGAAGUGCGUCACUUGCCGCAGAGUCGUUGGACGAGCCUUCAGAGUCCCCGAGCCGCCGCCAUUACCGAAGAUGAGAGUUGAAGACACGCCGCCCUUUACAGUAACGGGGGUAGAUUUCACGGGCGCUCUAUACGUAAAGCAGACAAACGGAAGUGAAACAAAAGCAUACAUUUGUCUUUUCACAUGUGCUAUUACUCGAGCCGUCCUACUCGAAGUUGUAACCGAUCUAACAAAGGAAUCGUUUUUAUGCGCAUUUAGAAGAUUUGUUAACCGGAAGUCACUGCCGAAAUUAAUAAACUCCUACAAUGCUACCACGUUUGUAGCAGCGUCUAACCAUUUGAAGACGCUAAUGGAGUCUACAUUAGUCCAAGAAAAAUUGAGCGGUAUGGUAAUAGAGUGGCGUUUCAUUCCACAACGCGCCCCAUGGUACGGGGGAUGGUGGGAGCGACUUAUUGGUUUAACGAAAGUCGCUCUGAAAAAAGUAGUUGGCCGAGCAUACGUCACACUUGAGUCUCUACAGACAAUCGUCACAGAAAUCGAGGCUGUACUUAACGAUCGGCCAUUGACAUAUGCAUCAGCAGAUCUUAACGACCCCACGCCCAUCACGCCGUCACAGCUGUUAUACGGUCGCAGAGUUACAACGCUGCCUCACGAUGACGUCACAGUCGAUGCCGGGAGUACUGUCGCUGCAGCCGACCAUGCUGCAUUUAACCGCAUGGCAAGGCGACGUGAGCUGCUCAUACAACAGUUGUACAGACGCUGGAAGACUGAGUACCUGACGUCACUCCGCGAGCACCACCGAAUGUCUGGUUCCAACACGCAGACGAUCAACACCGGGGACGUGGUGCAGAUCCAUGAUAAUGGCCCUAGAUGUCGAUGGAAACUUGCCGUGGUCGUCGAUGUUGUAACCGGAAGGGACGGGCAUGUUCGCGCGGCCAAAGUGCGAACCAGUAACGGACUGUAUACCCUAAGGCCAAUAGCAAAACUUUAUCCACUGGAAGUGAUAAGUGCCAAUGGAAACUGA